AGGAAUGGGAGGCAAAAGUCAGUGCUACCGGUGCGGCAAAAGUGGGCACUGGUCUAAAGAAUGCCCGCGAAGUAUGGGUGAACGCGCGCGCACCCCAUACACCCCAUACCUGCACCAGAAUCGCCACUUCCCUUAUGGCAAUAGUCGCGGUCCGCCGUUUCACGAGUCGUGUUCGCGUCCGCCUCCCGACCCCCGCGACCGAUACGACCGAUACGACGGGUUAGACUAUUUUAGGGACUAUUAUGACGCGUACGAGCGCCGACCGCCGCCUCCUCCGCCUCCCUUUCCCGGCGACCCCUUUGACGACAGAGCGCCGCCUGAGUAUUGUCGACGAGUACUACCGGAGCCUUAUUUUGACGAUUAUUAUGACUGUAGGAUUCGGGACAUUUGAUGCCUAUCCUAAUGAUCGGGCAUACCCUCCUUAUUGCACACAUACUGUCAGACGUCCGGAUCAUAUGUAUAGAUAGGUUUGACGCGAGUUAUAACACGAAGCGGAG